AUGGCAAACCAACAACACAACCAGCAAUGGCCCCCACAAGGUUACCCACCUCAAGGCUAUCAACAGCCUGGAUAUGGCUACCCUCCACAAGGUUAUCCUCAACACCCCCCUCCGCAAGGUUACCCACAUCCAGGGCAAAAAUAUUCGCCUGUUCAACAGUAUCAAGGCUACGGACCACCACCGGGCCAAUAUGCUCCGCAACCAGGACCAGGACAAUAUGCACAGCAACCAGGACCAGGACAGUUUCAGCCACCUCACGGGCAGUAUGGCCAGCAGCCGCAAGGAGCAGCAUUCUAUCCAGCUCAAGUGCCACCACCACAAGGACUACCACAAGGCUGGGGAGCUCCGCCACCUGGACACUACCAACAACCAUAUGGUGCUCCGCAGCAUCCGCCAGUACCAGCUGCCAGACCAUCCCUUGGGUAUGACGAAGCUAGCCAGAGGCCACCACCAGCAAAUCUCAGUAACGAGACCGAAGCAAUUCGCCGUGCCAUGAAGGGCUUUGGCUGUGACGAGAAAGCGCUUGUUGGUGUCAUCACCAAGAUCAACAACCCCUGGACGAUGCAGCAGCUGAUCAAGGAGUACAAUUCUCGAUUUAUGCGAGAUCUGCUUAAGGACAUCGAAAGCGAGACGAAAGGUGACUUUGAGGAGGGUUGUCUAGCUCUUCUUCGUACACCUCUUGAUCAAGAUGUACUCAUACUCAAGAAGGCACUCGUCCGAGCAGGUACAGACGAGGAGGCAUUGAUGGACGUCGUACUAUGUCGGUCCAAUGCCGAUCUAAAGAUCAUUCAGGCUCAUUACAAGAGGAUUACUGGACAUGAUCUAUUGAGCGUAAUCAAGGAUGAUGUUAACGAUGACCUCUUCCGACUAUACAGCAUGGUACUCAAGGCCGAGCGUGCAGAGGAUGCAGCUCCUACCAUUCCACAGGAGAUCGACAGACAUAUCACCGAGCUUCACCGUGCAACUGAAGGCACGAUUGGUGCUAAUGCAGUUGCUGUGGCACAGAUCUUCACCUCCUGCAACGACGCUCAGAUCCGAGCCAUGGUCAGUGACUAUGAGCGUAAGUAUCAUCGCAAGCUCGAGGAUGUGAUUGAGAAGGAAUUCCGAGGUGACAUGGAAGACGUAUUGAUGCGCAUGCUCUUGAAUGCCAUUGAUAGACCGAGAGCUGACGCGAAGCUCAUUCAUACCCCUCUGAACAAGACUAUGAGACAGGACAGUUUGGUGAUCAAUCGAUUGGUGAGACUGUACUGGGAUAAGCCUAGAUUGCAAGCAGCCAAGGACGCAUACAAGAAGAAGUAUGGACAGAGUCUGGCGAACGAUAUCAAGGAGGAGACGAAGGGAGACUAUGAGAAACUGCUUUUGGGUAUCAUUGGAGAGAAGUAG